CCUUUAGAUCUUUUAUUGCCCUUGGCCGCCAUUUUAAGCAGCGUGGAGUAAUACUUUUCGCUUGUCUCUGGUGAAUUUUUUCUGCGUUCGACGCUUUCACGACUAGAAAAGUUUCCCAAUAUAGAGGAAUGGACAAGCUUCCUUUUGGGAUAUCUACCGAAUAUCCUGAGAACGAGACAGACCCAACAGAAGAAGACGUGGCAACAGACUCGGAAAGGCGACAGGAGGAUAGCCAAGAAAUGCCACACGAGUACACUGGCGUAUGCGAGGAAUACGGGCAUUGUGCAUAUAGCGGCUCAAGUCUAAGCUUGCAUAUUAGGGAACAUGCCGAUCCAAAACCCCACAAGUGUGACCUGUGCGACUAUUCUGCCAAGUGGAAAAGCGUUUUAGAUCGACACGUACAAUCUAAACACGCUGUUGACAAACAAUUCAAAUGUAGCCAGUGUCACUAUUCAUCUGCAUGGAAAUAUUCUCUUGAUGUUCACAUUGCAACCCACACUGGUGACAAACCCUACAUGUGCGGGGAGUGCGGGUACCGAACUGUUACAAAAGCUAUGUUAGCAGCACAUAUGAGAACUCAUACAGGUGAGAAACCCUACAAAUGUGACCAGUGUGACUAUUCUGCUGCCCAGAAAAGUAAUCUAGACAGACACAUGGCCAAACACAGUGAAGAAAACGCCAACAAGUGCGAAGAGUGCGGGUUCUCGACAGCUGACAAGUAUUACCUAGCCCGACAUAUGCGAAAGCAUACAGGUGAGAAGCCCUACAAAUGUGAUCAAUGCGAUUACUCUGCUGCCCACCAGGGCAGUUUAAACCAACACAUGGCUAAACACACCGGUGACAAACCCUACAUGUGUGGAGAGUGUGGGUUCAGAACGACGGGAAAGACAUUUUUAUCCCAACACAUGUUAAUUCAUACCGGUGAGAAACCCUACAAAUGUGACCAGUGUGACUAUGCUGCUGCACAGAAAGUUAGUCUAAACAGACACAUGGCUAAACACAGUGACGAAAAACCAAACAAGUGCGGAGAGUGCGGGUACUGGACUGCUAACAAGUAUUACCUAGCCCGACAUAUGCGCCAACAUACAGGAGAAAAACCUUACAAGUGUGAUCAGUGUGACUAUGCUGCUGCACAUAAAGCCAGUCUAGCUCAACACAUGGCGAAACACACCGGUGACAAACCAUACAUGUGUGGCGAGUGUGGAUUCAGGACUCAUGUAAGGUAUGUAUUGUCCCAACACAUGAAAAGCCACGUCGGUGAGAAACCCUACAAAUGUGACCAGUGUGACUAUUCCGCCACGCAAAAAAGUCUUUUAAACAGACACAUGGGUAAACACAGUGACGAAAAACCAAACAAGUGCAGAGAGUGCGGAUACUGGACGGCUAACAAGUAUUACCUAGCCUUGCAUAUGCGCAAACAUACAGGAGAAAAACCUUACAAAUGUGACCAGUGCGAAUAUUCUGCUGCACAUAAAGCCGGUUUAACUCAACACAUGGCUAAACACACCGAUGAAAAACCCUACAUGUGCGGUGAGUGCGAAUUCAGGACUCAUGUAAGGUCUACUUUGUCCCAACACAUGCUGAGUCACACUGGUGAGAAACCCUACAAAUGUGACCAAUGUGACUAUUCUGCCACGCAGAAAAGUCUUUUAAACAGACACAUGGGUAAACACAGCGAUGAAAAGCCUCACAAGUGUACUGUUUGUGACUUUUUUACGGUUGAUAAGUAUUAUCUAGCCCUCCAUAUGCGGAAACAUACAGGUGAGAAGCCCUAUAAAUGUGACCUGUGUGAAUAUUCUGCUGCAAAUAAAGCCGGUUUAACUCAGCACAUGGCCAAGCACUCCGAUGACAAACCCUAUAUGUGUCAGAAAUGUGGAUACAGGACGGCUUACAAGUCUCUUUUAUGUCAACACAUGAAAACUCAUACCAGUGAGAAACCCUACAACUGUGACCAGGGUGACUAUUCUGCAGCGCAUCAUGGCAGUUUAGACCAACACAUGGAUAAACGCACGGGGGACAAACCAUACAUGUGUGAGAAAUGUGGGUACAGGACGGCUCACAAGUCUGUUUUAUCUCAGCACAUAAGAACCCAUACCGGUGAGAAACCCUACAAAUGUGACCAAUGUGACUAUGCUGCUACGCAGGGAAGUAAUCUGAACAGGCAUAUGGCUAAACACAGUGAUGUUAAGCCAUACUUGUGUGACGUGUGUGGGUUCUCGACUGUUGAUAAGUAUUACAUAGCCCAACAUAUGCGAAAGCAUACCGGUGAGAAACCCUACAAGUGUGACCAAUGUGACUAUUCUGCUACACAUCAAAGCGGUUUAGCCCAACACAUGGCUAAACACACCGGAGACAAACCCUACAUGUGCGAGGAAUGUGGAUACAGGACAACCGACACGUAUGUUUUAACUGCACACUUAAGAAUCCAUACCGGUGAGAAACCCUACAAAUGUGACCAGUGUGACUAUUCUGCUGCACAGAAAAAUCUUUUAAACAGACACAUGGGUAAACACUGCGAUGACAAACCUUACAAGUGUACCGUGUGUGGCUUCUCGACGGUUGAUAAGUAUUACCUAAUCCGGCAUAUGCGAAAGCAUACAGGUGAGAAACCCUACAAAUGUGGCCAAUGUGACUAUUCUGCUACGUAUCAAAGCAGUUUAGCCCAACACAUGGCUAAACACACUGUUGACAAACGCUACAUGUGCGAGGAAUGUGGAUACAGGACAACCAACAAGUAUGUUUUAACUGCACACAUGAGAACUCAUACCGGUGAGAAACCCUACAAAUGUGACCAAUGUGACUAUUCUGCUACGCAGAAAAGUCUUUUGGACAGACACAUGGGUAAACACUUUGAUGUAAAACCAUACCUGUGUGACGUGUGUGGGUUCUCGACGGUUGAUAAGUAUUACCUAGCUCAGCAUGUGCAGAGGCAUACAGCUGAUAAACAAUAGUGCUCAUGAGGUCAAUGUUACAGUGAUUCUUCCACUGCACAUAGAAACAAUUUAGUCGAACACCCACCGCGGAUUCAGUACAGCUGGAAACCUUCGGUAUGCCGGACUGCUUAAAAAUGGGAGCAAGCAAACUAAAAAGCCUGAUGAGAUGACGGAAUAUCCAUGCUGAUUUCUAGGAGUUAGAAGUAGUGAGCGGACCUUUUAACGAUCAUGAUCAACAUGGCCAAUUGGAUCGAACGUUGGCUCUCAACGUCAUACAACUGAAUAUUAUUUUUUAAUGUAGUCUUCAUAACACAACCGUCAAACUAUCUGUCGUCUUCCUCAAUGCGUAUUGAUGGUUGUGUAACGCAGAAGGCUGCAUGUACGUCCAUUUGAUCUACUUACUUAAUCUACUAACCUGAUGAAACUAUAUAUAACUGAACUUUUACUUUGUUCUUCUCACCUUUUUAUUGUUACGUACAUUUGCAUGCUAUAUUUAUUGUAGAAUAGCGUAUGUUAUAUUUGUUAUUCUAGAAGUGUUCACAAUAUUAUGAUUAUAGCCAUUUACAUCUGUUGCAUAGCCUUUAGUGAAAUCUAAAAGUAGUUCCAUCCCCUUGUUCACUUACAUGUUAACUACUUACUCCUUAGCUCGGGUACCAUGCGGUUAGUAGUUCGCUCGUGUACAUGCUUCUCUUGUCUUCUGCUUCUGGAAUAGCAGAGAACCAACUACUGUAAAUGUAUUUAAGUUCGCGAGGAUUUUAUUUCGCGUUAGCGGGAAAAUGGAGUGUUUGCGGUGGUAUUAAGUUCGCGGUAGCGCCACAGACUGUAGUCACAUACUGUAAUGGAAAAAUGUUCGCGGUAAUUUUAAGUUCGCGGUGAAGUGACCACCGCGAAAACCGCGAACAUAAAACUACCGCGAACAUUUCUGCAUUUACGUAUACAGUAUAUAUAGUGUAUGACAACAGUCGGAGCGAGAAGCGACUGUAUAUAGUGUAUGCUAAAUGUCAGAACUACUAUCCGGAUGGUACCCAGGCUACUUACUCUCGGGGACCUAUUCCAUUUCGAACUGGUAGUACAGUGCGGUUGAGAUCACCCAGCCGUCGGAUCGGAUGUAACAACUUUUGAAACUUUUUUUAGUUCUAAAACAUAUCACUAAUGUUUAUUUCUUUUAUGGUUCAUUGUUUGCACAGUAUUGUUAUAGUCUCUAUUCUUAUCUGCCGGACAGCAGUAGUAUGAGUUGUGGUCUCUAUAGCUGGUAUUGUUUCUUUUUACCUGGGCUGGUGCCAUUUGAAUAAAAUGCCAAUUGAAAUAUU